CGAGUAUUAGUAACGUAAUUCAACAUGGUGAAUUGCGGGAGUAUUAUCAAUAAGAUAAAAUUUUUCAUCGUCGCCAACUUGUCUUAUUCACGUGGAUUUUAAAUUUCGAUUCACUUUCAAAUAAAUCGACUGAGUCGUCCACUGAAGACAGGUUAAGAUACUAAGAGAUGUCGGAGGAGUCCAUUAAAAUCGAAGCGACUGACUCUAGUAAUUUGUCUGCGAAUAAGGAUGAAUCAUCGAGAAUCUCAACGGAGGAUAAUUUGGAAAUUGAAGAAGUUUCCAAAGAUUCGAGUAGUAACAGUGCAUCAAACUUUAUAGAUAAUGAAGGUUCUGCAGAAAAUUCAUAUCACAUAGGAAAUCUUCUCGAUUUUUUGAAAUAUAAAGGGCUGAGUGAUGAUCUGAAAAAUCGACUAUUAAUCGAUGGACCUACCGAUGAGAUAAUCAGUCUACUCAAGACGCUGGGGUUCUCCGAUCGUGAUAUCGAGAUACUGAUUAGUCUUUGGCGCAAUGAAAUCCAAGGUUGCGAAUGUCUCGACGACGUACGCAAUAAAAGUGAAAUUUCAUCCACCGACGAUAACGCGUUAUCAACAUGUCUCUAUUUGAAAAGAAACUUCAAUCUUGUAUUGAGACAAGCAUUGCGAGAAGUAUUGAUGCGGAAGCCAUACGAUCCCAUAGAGUUCCUAGGUCACUGGUUACUGAACUUUACGGUCUGUCAGGAACGCACGCGCAUGCGCCAGGAGUUUGAGGAUGAACUGAUGGCUGAGCGUGAAAAACAAAGGGAACAACAGUUGGUCGAUACUAUUUCCGAGUUUCCUGAACGCGACGAAGCGGAAGAGUUUAAUGAGGAUUUUAAUUUCGUAAAUUACGAAAAAGCUUGAAGAACUUUAUUGAACUGGGAAACGUUGUCGUUCGGU